AUGACAACAAGUACGGAACACCAAAAUGGUUCUGUUGGAACGACUACUGCUGCAAUGGCUACGGCGUCUUCAAGUCGCACAACGCCUGGACCGGCGAUGGCACCGGCAGAAAAGCCCGAAAAAUUUUUCGGCAUGGACUUCAAACGCUGGCAGCAGAAAAUGUUCUUCUACCUGACCACUCUCAGUCUGCAGCGUUUUAUAAGCGAGGACGUUCCAGUCUUGGGAGAAGAGACUCCGGAUAAUGAGCAAUUUGUGGUCACGGAUGCAUGGAAGCAUCGUGACUUCUUGUGCAAAAAUUAUAUAUUGAGUUGUUUGGAAGAUGGCUUGUACAACGUUUACAGUGUCAUGGAGACUUCGGAAGAGUUGUGGAACGCUCUUGAAAUGAAGUACAAAAGGGAAGAUGCUGGACCAAAGAAAUUUGUUGCCGCAAAAUUCUUGGACUUUAAAAUGGUUGACAGUAAGUCAGUCAUAACUCAAGUUCAAGAAUUACAAGUUAUCGUUCAUGACCUCCUUGCCGAAGGUAUAAAUCGAAUUAAUAUUUUUAUUAAAGAUAUUGAUUAUAUUAUUAAUCCUGAAUUUAUGAUUGCGGGUAUGGUCAUAAAUGAAGCGUUUCAAGUUGCGACAUUUAUUGAAAAGUUGCCUCCGAUGUGGAAAGACUUUAACAAUUACUUGAAACAUAGGCGCAAGGAGAUGACGCUUGAAGACCCUAUUGUUCGCCUAAGGAUUGAAGAGGACAACAAGGCUGCAGAAAAGAAGUCUCGUGGAAAUUCAACAAUUAUUGGUGCAAAUAUUGUUGGACACAAGGCUGCUGAAUGUCGUGCACCAAAGAAGGACAAGAAGAAAAGUCAAGCUAACAUGAUUGAGAAGAAUGAUGAAAUAGACGAUUUGUGGGACAUGGUUUCAGAAUGCAACCUAGUCGGAAAUCCUAGAGAAUGGUGGAUGGAUUCGGGGGAAACUCGUCAUGUUUGUGCUAACAAGGAGUUGUUUACUUCUUAUGCUCCCGCUGGACCCAAAGAGACAGUUUUUAUGGCAAAUUCCGCUACUACAAAAAUUGAAGGAACGGGCAAGAUAGCUUUAAAGAUGACUUCUAGCAAGAUUGUGACUCUAAAUGAUGGAAAUGCGGAAGAAUUUAGUCUCGAUAUCACUUAG